AUGAAGAUCAAUAAAAUGUCAACUGCAGCCAUGCAACUCGUAGCGACGAAAUGUCCUACUGAUGAACUGUCGUUUACGAAUUGUGCAAUUGUCAAUGAGAAGGAUGUUGACCCACGACGUAUACGACAUAUUGAAUUAUCAUCGAACGUAGCAAAUGGAAAAUUCGUGUUUACAGUCGUGCCGUUUGGCCCGAUGCCCCAAGGCAAAAUUGGUUUCAAUACUUUACAACGACGAUGGGCGGGAAUUGAACUCGAUCGAGCGUAUCAUAUUCGUCCGUAUACAUUCGAUAAGAAUGUUCAGUCGAUUGCAACACUUAUUCUCGAAGUGGAUUUCUUGAACAAGAAGAAUACAACAACAGAUCCGUACGAUACCGAUAAAAUGGCUGUUGAGUUUUUGCAACAGUAUAUUGAUCAUGCAUUUUCUGUUGGUCAAUGUUUACCAUUUCAAUUCAUGGAUAAGAAAACUUUGACGCUCGCUGUUAAAGAUAUCGAAGCUGUCGAUUUAUCUGCGGUUGCUCGUGGACAAAAUACCAAAGCUCGAAAAAUUACACUCGGUGUUACAUUAGCGAAUUCGAUGGUUGUUUUUGAACGAGCCGAAGGUUCAUCUAUCAAUCUCGCUGGAAAGUCCAAAGGAAAAUCUCAAUUUGUUUCGAUCAUCAAUCCUGAUUUUGAUUUCAAAACUAUGGGAAUCGGCGGUCUUGAUGCAGAAUUCAAUGCUAUUUUUCGUCGUGCAUUUGCAUCGCGAGUGUUUCCACCGGAAGUUGUAUAUCAACUCGGUAUGAAACAUUGCCGCGGAAUUUUAUUGUAUGGUCCACCAGGAACGGGAAAAACUUUGAUGGCUCGACAAAUUGGCAAGAUGUUGAAUGCACGAGAACCGAAGAUUGUCAAUGGUCCACAAAUUCUGGAUAAAUAUGUUGGAGAGUCCGAAGCAAAUAUACGUAAAUUAUUUGCCGAAGCGGAUGACGAAGAAAAACGACUUGGACCUAAUAGUGGUUUACAUAUCAUCAUUUUCGAUGAAAUCGAUGCAAUUUGCAAAGCUCGUGGUUCGGUGGGUAGUAGCGCUGGUGUUCACGAUACAGUUGUUAAUCAAUUACUAUCGAAAAUCGAUGGUGUUGAUCAAUUGAACAAUAUUCUCAUUAUUGGAAUGACGAAUCGUCGUGAUAUGAUCGAUGAGGCCCUUCUACGACCUGGUCGACUUGAAGUACAAAUCGAAAUUGGUCUACCCGAUGAAAAUGGUCGAUUGCAGAUCUUGAAUAUUCAUACGAAUCGUUUACGUGAACACAAUAAAUUGAGUUCGGAUGUUGAUUUGAAGGAAUUCGCUGAAUUGACAAGAAACUUCAGUGGAGCAGAAUUAGAAGGCUUAGUUCGAGCAGCAAUGUCGUUCGCGAUGAAUAGACAUAUUAAAGCUGGGAAAAAGGUGGAAAUCGAUCCGGAUGCAGCAGAUAAAUUAAGAGUGUGUCGAGCUGAUUUUAUGCACGCUUUUGAAAAUGAUGUUAAACCGGCAUUUGGUGUCAGUAAAGAAGAAUUCGAUUCGUACAUAUCCAAUGGUAUUAUCGUAUGGGGACAACCAGUCACUGAUGUUCUUGAUGAAGGUCAAUUACGUAUUCGACAAACAGUUAAAAGUGAAUUGACACCACUUGUUACAAUACUAAUUGAAGGCCCACCUAAUAGUGGCAAAACUGCUUUGGCUGCUCAUAUUGCUCUUCUAUCGAAAUUCCCUUAUUUGAAGUUUUGCACUGCCCAAACAAUGCUUGGUUUUUCCGAACUAGCCAAAUGUCAACAAUUAACAAAGAUCUUUCAAGAUGCACAUAAAUCUAGUCUAUCAUGCGUGGUUGUCGAUGAAUUGGAAACUUUACUUGAAUAUGCUCCUGUUGGUCCACGUUAUUCGAAUAACGUUUUACAAACAAUGAAACUAUUGUUCAAACGUCCGCCACCAAAAGGUCGAAAAUUACUAGUCAUUGCAACAACAACUUAUCGUGAUAUUCUUGAUCAACUCGGUUUAUUAGCUUCGUUUUCUAAACAGAUACACAUUUCAAAUAUGAGCACAGGUCAACAUAUUCUUCAUGUUCUAAACGAGAUCGAACAUUGUUUCAGUGACGAAGAAAUGAAAUAUCUUGAAAAGAAAUUACACAAUAAAAAGUUAUUCAUUGGAAUCAAAUCAUUACUUGAUUUAAUCGAAGUUGCACGGCAAGCAGAUGACAGCUCACGUGUAGCACGUUUUCUUGGACAGUUAGAAGAUGUUGCUGGCAUGGUUUAA